GUGGGAACAGUGGCGUCCCCAUUAUCAGCUGUGUCAUGUACGUGCAACUCAUCACGUUGCUGUUACAUUCCGAUUGCUAACCUCUUUCUAACUCUGCGAUUAUUGACAUUACUCACUAGUUUGGAAGAUUGGGUUUAUAAUUUGGACAAAAAUGUCGGCGAGAAAGAAGGGCAAAGGAAAAAUGCAUGAAAGGAGGAAGCGACAGGUAGUGGGUAAAGAAGAAAAGUAUCGACAGCAGGGGGAUAUGUCCGAUCAGGAUGAUGAGGUUGAGGAAGAGAUACAAGAAUCCCUAGUUUCGUUCCCGGUCGCCAUGUGGGACCUUGAACACUGUGAUCCAAAAAAAUGCUCCGGACGAAAAUUAUCCCGACAUGGACUCAUCAAAACUUUACGAUUGAAUACCAGGUUUUCGGGAAUAGUUCUAACACCUGUAGCGAAUAAGUGUGUUGCACCAACUGAUCGUGACAUAGUACAGGAACACGGUUGUGCUGUGGUCGAUUGUAGCUGGGCAAAGCUCGAGGACACACCGUUCAACAGAAUGCGAAGUCCAAACCCACGUCUCCUCCCGUUUCUUGUAGCUGCCAAUCCAAUAAAUUACGGAAAGCCUUGUCAAUUGAGUUGUGUUGAAGCAAUAGCUGCUAUGAUGAUCAUAACUGGAUUUCCAGAUGAAGCCAAUUUUUAUCUAGGAAAAUUUUCCUGGGGUCACUCAUUUUUAGAGUUGAAUGCUGACUUACUUGCUGCUUACGCUGCCUGCUCUACUAGUGAGGAAAUUAUUGAAGCACAAGAGAAAUUUUUGGCAAAUGCAAGACAAGAGAGGCUGGAGAAGCAAGCCUUACCAGAUUUUCCACCAAGUGAGGACAGUGAAAGUGAGAGUGAAGAAGAGAACAACAAAAACGCAAAUAAAUCUGAUAGCGAUGAUAAACCGCUAGAAAUGCCCGCAACGACUUAGUGAAUUAUUAAUAGACAGAUUUUAUACGACAGAUUUUAUACGAAAACUUCGUCUUAUUUAUCGCAUGAAAAUUUGAGCCAGACAUGUAUAAUAAAAAUGACUCGCUUGCAUUAUUGAAAUUAUUGAGAAUGUGACGACCAUUUUCAGAGUGAUUUUUCUGUUUUCAUGUGAAUAUCAUCACCGCAUUGUUGCUACUUCUCUUAAAAAGGUAAAAUAUAUCAUCAAAAUAAUUGGGACUGAACAUCACUGUAUUUAAUUUUUUUAAUGCUAUUGCAGUUUUAUCUUUAAUUACAAAGAGCGAUUCCAGUGUGCGGCAUCGUUAAAAAAUGAAAUUACUGUAAUGCUUUGCACUGUUUACAGUUUUCCAUUUUCUCGUUAAAUUCUUCAAUUUGAAGAGUCAUCUCAAAGAAAUUGUAGUGGUCAUGGAUAUUUCUUGUUGCAGUCCGAAGAAUUUCCUGUGGACUUGCAUCUGUCUCUGAAAAAUGCAUUAACAUGUGAGAAAAAUCCCAGGAAGCUUUCAAGACAUUUGUAAGGUGAUACUGGGGGUAAACCACUCAGUGUUCAAACAGAUAACAGUUUAAGCGUCCUACUUAUAGCGAGAUGUGCAGAGAGUGCUGUUUUAUCAAGUGAUAAUGCCCAAAUCCUUAAAUUAUGCACUUUGACGACUCCCUCAAUACCCAUAAAGGUAUUUUCAACGGCGGAAUAUUCAAAGCCCUUUGGUAUUCCUUCCAUAAGAACAUUCAUCACAUCCUUGAUAAUGGUCACUGUUGUGAACAAGACUAGAAUAGCAAACAAGAAAGUACAAAUUGGAUCUACAAUACUCCAAGAGGGCUGUAACAAAAAAUCAUUAUUAAUCAUUAUCUCAUUGAGAUCAAAAACACGAGUCUUAUUAGUCUUAUUUUACGAUUCACCUUGAAAUAAAUAAUUAAGGCUGCAACGAGGACGCCCGUGCUUUGAAUGAAGUCACCUAAAACGUGAAUAUAAGCUGCUCGGACAUUUAUAUUCUUGUCAUCACCUUGGUGCUUUCCAUGUCCAUGACUGUGACCAUGGCCGCCACCAUGACUGUGGCCAUGUUGAUGGAGUGUCAGUCCCAUCCUAAAAUACAAAUCGAAGAAAAUUAUCUAUUGAACGUUAUUCCAAACGAGAGGAGACAAAUUGUCAAAUAAACUUGUCCAGUAAAAACUAUUUGUCACUCAUUUCCUGACAUUUUUACCACCUGUCCUAAGCUAAAUAAUAAACCAAUACUUGCACUAAAUUAACAGCAACUCCAAUCGCAGAAGUAAUGAGCAUGACCUCAGCAUCGAGUUGAAAAUCUUUAUGAAUGAUUCUCUCGAUGGCCAGGUAAAAGAGAAUGCCUGUUACCACCCAUAUCAAUAAUACAGACGUGAGUGCACCUAUUACCUGUGAAUGAGAAAUAAUAUAUGUAGUAAUAUAAUAUAUAUCGGUCAGGUAAAAUGCGGGUGGAGUGUGACAAUGUCCUCUUACUUCUGCUCGGUACCAUCCAAAGGGCAUUUUUCUAGUAGCUGGUCUACCAGCCACCCAUAUUGAAAACAAUGAUAUCAUGAAUGAUGCAAAGUCUGUAAGCAGGUGGGCUGCAUCUGUUGCUAUUGCCAAACUAUUUGAUAAUAUACCACCGGCAAUUUCUGCUAUCAUGAAUAUAACACACAAUACGCAGGCUAUGAUCAGCUUCUUUCGGGCUUUCUUAUCAGUGGCUUCAUUGCGAUCUCUGUGACAGUGAUCUUCAACUGCGAAAACAAGCAUCUCUCAUUAUUCUAAACAGUUCUGGUGCUCAUGGACUUCCGGUUUCUGUUGUGGUGGAAAGCACAUAAUUUGGAAUUCGUGAGGUCAAGACCAAUAUUCCGCGCUUACAUUGGCCGAUAUUCUGCUGAUAAUCGGCUGACAGAACUUCUUCGUCUAGACCUGUCCCUUUGACAACCGUACAACAUCCUGAGAGUUUUCCAUGUACGCAGAAGAUCACCUUUUUGGAAGCAUCAUUUCCCUCAUAUUCGUUGUUGUUGGGUGGGAUACUUGUACCAUAUCCAAAUACUGCCUGGUCUGAAAAACUAUUUCCAAUAAUACAAAUCAAUUAGUGAUAAAUGGUUAUUGCUUAACACAUUGAAACUUUUUUACUGAUAAAAAGAAUGAAAUUGACACAUUUGAAGGAAAAAAUCCCUAAAAUUCAGAUACAUGUUACAGUAUCAAGCGGAUGACAUGGAACGGAAUUGACGUGAGUUUUGCCAAUUCAUUGGAUUAAUAUUGGAAUAAUAAACAGUUGGAAAACUUAUUAUUUCCGGAAUUUUACAACGCACUUGCAGGAUAUGCGUAUUGAGCCUUUGAUAACACGUGCAUAUCACAUAUAUCACCCAUGAAUACUCGGAAAUCAUCCCGGAAAUUGAUGAAACAAUUAUCUACCACACGUCUCACUAUAUUCAACUCUUGUCAUGUUUUGAAACGAAAUGCAGAAAAUUCUUGGAUUUAUAGACAAUUGUUAACUUCAGCCUCGAUGAUCCUUUUAGUAUCCAUCAGAUAGAAAUUAUUUAGAUAUUUUAUUGCGCGAUAAAUACCCGAAUUUUAUAAAUUAUUGUCAUUGCAUUGAAAGCUCAAACAAUGUUUUUUCAUUCAAACAAAGUAGACAAUUUCAUAAAAUUAUUGAAUACCAACGGCGCAUGAAUGGUUUCGCCCUCACUCUCGUCAUCAUUUCCACACUUUUUAUUCUUUCGCAAGUAGGAGGAUCGCAUCCCACCAUUAUUUUCUGAAACCAGUUUUAAAUAAGCCGGCAUUUUAGAAAAAAAUUAUAUUAACUUCACCACAAAAUUAAUGCUCUAAAUGAUCAACGAAUCGACAUUGUAUUGCACACCGUACAAAAGCACUUGUUACUAAGAUAAAUUUGAAUGAUUAAUAGUGUCCGUCGCACACUGCUGUUUCUCUCGAGCCUCGAAAUUAUAGAGAUGGAAUAUGGAAUCUCUUUAUCUAAAACUGGUUUCCUGUACAACACCAGCUCCCAACAUUAUGGAAUCACCGAGGCAUGUACACAUUAAAAAUCUCUUUCGAGCUACGCCUGCAAAAAAAAAAUAUGCGAGUGUUUGUAUCUGUUUAGGCUCUCGUAAAUCUGAGGUGAGACUCAUUUCAUUGAACAUUGGGAGCACCAAUGGACUAGCGUUCGAUGGGGGUCAUUAACAACGUGUAUAUAAUAGUUUCUGAUACCAAGCUGCAAAAAAAUUCCACAGAAAAUCCUGAUAUGCACCAGGAACAUGCUUCAGCUUCUAAUGCCUUUGUUGCAGGUAA